AUGGAGGCAGGUAUGAAAGAAGAGAUAUGCAAGAUGCAUGGGUAUCUUAAAACCAAGGAUGUGUUUGCAUUUGAUGAUGCCUUGGCUGAAAAGCAGUGGGCAUUUUUGCUUACCGCACUUACUGCACUGGAUCACCCCAGUGAAGAGGGUCCAGAUCCUGAUCUAGUUAAGGGUAUGCAUGAAGAUGCCCUAGUCCUUCUAGGCAAUGCUAAUGUUCGUCUAAAUUCAUGGCGACAGUGUCAAUUUUCUGAGUACCUAACUGAGGUUGGCAAGCGUAAGGAAGAGAUUUCAUCUGAUCAACACCUCUUCCCAGAUUGGUUUCAUGACCGUAUCAAAGAUGAGCAUAAUCAUACAGCCACCAAUAAAAGUUUGAUCAGCAAACUGCAUGACAAAGCCCUGUCUUCACCAAGAUUCAUUCCUUCUCGGCAGCCCUUCCGUGGUCGCUCAGGAGCCACUAGCCUGGGUAAUGGCAGUCGAAAACGAAGGUGAACUAUACCCCCCAAGAUGACAAUCCGGGAACCUCAAAACGAUUCCAACCCAGAACUGGGUCAGCAGCAGGCAAAAGCUGACUAUCCAUUUCCACGAUUAACAAACAUACAAUUGCACACAUUCCCAACUGCAUGCCGCCUAAUUAAUUGUUUAGAAAAUUGGAAGAUAAUCACUCAGGAUCCUUGGAUCCUACAAACGGUACAGGGUUACAAAAUACCUCUGAUCCGUUCUCCACACCAAUGGAGAUUGAGAGAGACCAAUCCUCCAUUACGACAGCAGCACCUCAUUGA